UGAGAUCGGUUGGAUUAUAAACACUAACGAGGAGAAAUGACAAACGCACAAGAAACGACCCGGCGCGACGCCCCUCCUUCACACGCUGCUGCAGAUGCAGUGAGGAUGAGGAGAAGAAAGGCUCAGUGGCUGGUUUCAGGCAUGUUAAGUCUGUCUUUGCUCAUUGUAGUGAUGGGUAUCUACACCAGCACACGCACUGUGAGCGUCAGCAUCACAGGAUACAUGUCAGGAAUUAUUUUGGCAUUUGGAUCAUUCUUGGGAGUUCUUGGACUAUGCCUGGAGGAAAACCGCAAGCAGCUGCUGAUUGCAGCCAUUGUGUUCCUGAGUUUUGGUAUAAUUUCCAGUUUCCUGUGUCUUGUGGUUGAUGGCAUUUUCAUCCUGCUCAACAUUGAUAUGCGUCCAAUGAGGGCAGGAAGAUGUCAGUUCUACACCAGUGGAAAUAGUUACAUCUAUGAGAACUACUACGCUACAGUUCCCUGUCAAGGACUAACGGAGUCAUGUAAUAUGAAUGUUCGGAGUGGAACGUGUUACUGUUGUGAUUUGUAUGAUUGCGCCAAUGGAGGAUAUCUGAACAAUUACUAUGAGUUUGUUGGUGUGCAGAGCUGUCAGGAGGUCCUCUCUCUGUAUGUUCUCCUCUGGGUCCUGACCACACUUAACCUGCUGGCCUUCGUGUGUGGAAUCCUGACCACUGCUGUACUGGGCAGUAUCAAAGACAUGAAGAGUGGGGUGGUCGGUCUUGAUGUGUCCCAGUUGGGAGGUUCAUCUCUAUUCUCUUUUGAUGGAGCCAGCUGUUCUUCCCCCACCGCACCCCUGCUAAUGGACCCAAACUCACACGCAGGACACCAGCUCUACCCGAGGGCGUCGCUUUAUGUUUCUCCAGCAGCACCUGCUAGUGCAUCUCCAGGAGGAACAUCAGAUACAUCCCACGCACAGCCCAACCCUCCUCCCUUUGCCCCCCUUUACAACCUGCUACCCUACAAGACCUCCAGCUUCUCAGCUUAGAACAUCUGAAUCCAAACUGAAGACCUUUAGACUGCACUUCCCUUAAACACAACAUGAAAUCAAAGUGGACUGUUUGCUUUCUGAAUAAAUGUCCGCGGUCUUAUUGUGCAAGAUUUAUCUGAGCACGUUCUCAAGAAAAUGGCUUGUUUUCAUAAUCUUUCAUCAAAAUGUCUUUUCCCUUUCUUCACUUUUGUGAAAACAGUGGUGAAACAAUGUGUUUUCUACUGCAAGCCUGUGUGGAUGGGGAAAAUAAUGUUAACUAAUUGUAUUUUUCUACUUUUCAUGACCCGGUCAAACCCGGCUCUACCUUGUUUUCUGGUGGAUAUUCCAUUUCAUUUAUAAAUAUGCCAUAUUAUAGACAUCUAUUGAAGAAAUGCAAUGCUAAUGCCAUUUCAUGUUGUCUUUAAAGGUCAUAUAAGGCUGCCAAGUCUAGUUCUUGCUAUGGCUGUACAGUAAAUAUCACAUUAUAAAAUAAAUGGCUAAUUAAAAAACAAUAACACUAGAGACUAAUUACAAUCAGUUGUAGACUGUGACUCAGUUUGAACUAAC